UAUUGUUUCAAAUCGAAAUUCCAUCUGAUAGCCAUGGCACUGUCAGGGAUGACCUUUACGGCACCUGUGGGAGUCUCGAGCAAAGAGAACAUUCCCAACGAUGUCGGUCUGGUAGAGGAGCAGGGCCUGAGUAACAGCAAGCAAAAUGCUUACGUUAUCCUGGUGGGCAAAGGCAUUGCCUCUCACUGGGCAUCGGUCUGGAUCUUUGAGGAUGGCGAUGUCUUCGUGGUGGAGCUGACGGCAAUUGACACGCAGACAGGAUUCCGCUGGAUUGGAAGUCGCUGCAAGAUGCGCUAUUUGCGGAUGCCUCUCAUCACCAGGCAAGUGGGACAUCGUGAUCUGUGGGCCUGGGUAGAAAGAAAACCAGACCGUCAGCAACAGUUUCCUCCGCAGACGUUUGUUUCCAACCUGCAGGACGAGCUUAGGGGCACUUUCUUCAAUCAAGGCCAGAGUUUGCAUCAGCCGUCCGUGCGUCUUCUCUUCGAACCGAAGCGACUACAUGAUCUUGUUGCGCUCAUUAGCUUUCGAAACGAAGAAGAUUCGAAGGAGGUGAAGGAGCUUGUCCAUAGCUUUAUCUAUGAUGAUGGAUGCGGUCAUUACAUCAUGAACCAGGGUGGUGGCAUUCUGCGCAUUCAAGACAUCUCUCCAUAUGAGCUCUGCAUCAGAGCCAAGAAUGUUCCCCUUCAUGGAUCGUUCUACGAUUUGCUGUUCCACAAUUGUCAGCUCUUCCUGGUCCAGCUCCUUUGUGACGAAUGCCGGGUGCCUGUCGAAGAGCUACCGGUGACCGUUGGAUCUGUGGCAGCGGGUCCUUUGCUGCUUCUCCUCGAGCUCGUCUUCCUCGGUCUGUACUACGUACUGCAUCGCUGGUCCCCUUUGUCGGCAGCCUGCGCUGCACUGCCGUGGAUAGCAGCGGAGAUGUAUUGCACAUCGAGGUACCGUGGAUGUUCAUGUCACCAGUUCGAUGAUGACAGUUUAACCUGUUCACCCGGUUUUCUCCGACAAGCGGCUACAUUUAUCGAGCAAGGCCCAGUCGCUGGCAUUGUUGGAACGCUUGCCAUUUGCGGAGCCGUUUUGUUAGGCCAGCCCAUCCCAUCAAGCCUUCCGGUGCUGAGCCUCUGGUGGGACAUCUGCCUAGUGCAUGAGUCCAUGUUAGUCAACAAGGUUUACAGGAAUCAGCGUCUGACUUUGCUGAAUGUGUCGGUAGUCCUGGCUGUGUUGAGCCUCGUCGGCUUUUUGCAGUGGUUGAGUGGGUGGCCUGUCCAGGAAGCUUUCCUGGUACUAGCAGCUGUGAUCUGUGCCGUCAUCUGUGGCUUCGCUUGUGGUGAUGUUGUUUCGUCUGCUUCGGAGUACCAUGAAGCACGACAGGGGGAGAAUGAAGCACAGAAUGUUUGGUCUAUCUACCCACCCUCACAGGACGGCGAAGACUGA